AACCCUUUUCGACUCGAAGGUGGUUGAAAAGACGGGCAUGUUCCUGAUAACAACAGAUUUGUUUGACCUGCAAGGUCCUACAACCCUAGAAACAAUCCUUCCACGUCGAUAUCGCAAAACACUGAUCAAGUUCCUUGUAUCCCACCAUGGCAGACGACCUAAUUGCACUUGAUGCCAGCGCCAUUUCCGCGACAGACGAAAAUACUGCCUACUUCAACUCAGUGCCAUGGUGUGUCGAGCUUCUCAAAGAUCAGAGCUUCAUCACGAUAGACACGAUAUCGCGCAGGGGCAAAGACGCAAUACGGGAUGCAUUGUUCGCGCGAACCCUAGCCACAGCAGAAACCAUGCCAGCGUUUAUGACACAGUAUAAGCUCGUGGACCUCAGUCAAACCAACCCCACGUUACCCCCCGACCAUUUUCAACCCCGAAUCCAGGAAGUCAGGUGUUUUAUCGCUCUGGCCAAUGGUCUCAAUGGCUAUCCGGGCAUCAUGCACGGCGGCAUGGCCGCUUGUAUCGCCGACGAGGUCACAGGUUUAUUGGGGCGCCAUAACUAUCGCCUGCAAGUAGAAAACCCCCGGCCGGGCCAUGAUCUUCCACUCUGGGCCACAGUCACAGGCGAUUUGACCGUCAAGUAUCGCCGGCCCGUCGCGACAGGUCAGGUCGUCCAAGUCCGCGCCUGGUAUAACACCAACAAGUUGGAUAGGAACAAGUUUACCACAAAGGCUGUCAUUCAGGAUUCGUCUGGUCAGGUCUUGUGUGAGAGUAUAGUGACGUUCGUGGCCAUCAAGCCCGGAAAGGAGGGGCUAUUUAAGCCUGACAGGAAGAUCAAGUUGUAAGCCACAAUACAGGGUUGUCCUUUGGUGGCGUGUGAUCGGCAGUCAUGUUCGCAUUCUGAAAAAUGCUCCUAGAAGGAUAGACAGAUCUUGAAUCGUCUGAUGCUGGGUAUAGAUAGAGAGAUCAUUUCAUGCCUAAAGGCUUGGUGUAAUCUAAUUCCACAGCCUAACUG